GUGUGUGUGUGUGUGUGUGUGAAGAAAAUGUAGGGCAGCCGCUUGUUCUCCCUCACUCUGCCAUCUCUCUCCCUAUCUUUUCCUCUGUCUGUCUUUGUUUCCGUGCUGUGCUGCCGUAGCUGCAGUCGCCACGGCGACGGCUGACAUUGUUGCCGCGGCUCCACUUCCAUAUUUGCAAAGGCUUGGCUCUCUCUCUCUCGCUCUGUCUCUCUCUCUCUCUCAGCCUCUCUCUCUCCGUCUCGGCUCACCUCGAGGAUUUACAGAGGGGGCAUGUAACCUCCCAGAGGAACCAUUGUCUGCGUGAGGGCGUGUGUGGGUGUGUGCGUGUGUGACUGUGUGUGUGUGAAAGGUGAGGUGGCUUCAGGAUCCAGACAUGAAUUCCUGUUGGAAAAUGAAGAUUCAGAAUGAAAAGCCCCUGGGUCAUUCUGCAAGCAGGUCCAGCAAUAUAUCAAAGGCGGGGAGCCCGACUUCAGUCAACGCUCCGUGCAGCUUCUCAAGGACAUCAGUUUCCCCCUCCAGCCAGGACAUCUGCAGGAUUUGUCACUGUGAAGGCGAUGACGAGAGUCCUCUGAUCACACCAUGCCACUGCACGGGGAGCCUGCGCUUCGUCCACCAGUCCUGUCUACAGCAGUGGAUCAAGAGCUCCGACACUCGCUGCUGUGAGCUCUGUAAAUAUGAGUUCAUCAUGGAGACCAAGCUCAAACCGCUGCGCAAGUGGGAGAAGCUACAGAUGACGGCGAGCGAGAGGAGGAAGAUCAUGUGUUCGGUCACCUUCCACGUCAUCGCCAUCACCUGCGUGGUGUGGUCGCUCUACGUUCUCAUCGACAGAACGGCAGACGAAAUCAAACAAGGGAUCCUGGAAUGGCCUUUCUGGACCAAGCUAGUGGUGGUGGCCAUCGGCUUCACAGGUGGACUGGUGUUCAUGUACGUCCAGUGCAAAGUCUACAUCCAUCUAUGGAGGAGACUCAAGGCUUACAACCGGGUCAUAUACGUCCAGAACCGGCCAGACACAUGUAAAAAGCUGGCGCUGGAGAAGCCGCCUCUCAUGGAGCCGAGUCUGGAGAACAAGGAGGCCCUGGCCCCCACCCAGUCGGACACAAACUCCUCCCAGUACACAGAGACAGAGGACUACAGUAUGGAGGUGCUCCAUGUCUGACCAGUCAGUCCAUGCUGUUGGUUGUCAGACUCAUACUACACACACACACACAGGCCCACAGUGAAGAGCAGCUGUCGUGGAAAUGCUCGCUGACUGAGGAACAGCCAAAACCUCCCCUUCCUCUGCUCCCAGACUGACCCACUGUCCUCCUCUGGUCUUCUUCUUUUCCCAGAUAUCCAUCCACAGAAUAAGACUGACUGUGACUAUUUUUUCCCAUCCACACCCGGGCCUGAUCCCUCCCUCCACCUGCACCCUCGGUCCACACUCUCGCCUCUUUCCUUUCCCAGGACUUGACUGUUUUUACUGACUUCUGUAAAUGUCUGAAGAGGCCUGGAGCAUACCACUCUACACACACACAUACACACAUGCACACACACACGCACACACACACUUGUAUGUACACCUCUGGGAGAGCAGGACUGAGACAAAUAGACUCACAAACAGCUCUGGAGGUCUAAACGUCUCUGAUGCGUGGUUUGUUUACUUGUGGGUUUGUUAGAUUUGUUCGUUUUUACCUCCUGUCAGUCUUGGGCUAUCCUGCCGUGGAUCAGUAUGUAGCGCCGCGCAUCGGAUCUCUGGAACAUUCCAGCUACUGCCAUCUCUGUUGCUGUGGUCCAUCAGCUCCAAGCUGGGCUGGAUCCGACCAGGCCUUGAUCUGGACAUGCAUCGAAGCACUUUUGUUUUUUAAUUCCUUCGACAAAUCCCCUCUCGUUCUUUUUGCUCCUCUUUUUUUUCUUUAAUAUGAAUCAAGUCUUAUAUGUUGUAUAUUGGGGAGAGCACACUCAGACAAACUGUUUUAUUUGACAUUGCAUUCCCUCAUACACACAUAUACAUAUAUAUUAACCCUCCCAUGGAUGACAAAAAAGGAACUGGGUUUAAAAAAUGGAAUAAUGCUGAAAGAAAUGUGAGAAAGAAUGAGUUUUGAAUAUGUCAGGCUCAUUAUUCUAAUGCAGACAAUGGAAAAUCCAGCCACAUGACUCCUCUACCCCAACGUGAACUUUCUGAAGGCUUUGAGAAUGUAAACUUUUUAAAAAAUGAUUAAAAAAAAUUAAACAAAAUAUACAAAAAAAAUAACAAACAACAUUUUUUACUGGUAACAGGAAAUUCUGAGAUGAUUUCCACAUCUUGAGAUCAUAACAAGAGCCUUUGGGCAUAAACAGCGUCGCUCAUGUUUUUCUAUCAUGCGAAUGACACAGUAUUUACAGUGUGAUAUUCCAUGUGCUGUUUUUAAUAUGUUGAAUUGUUUGCUUAGUCACAGGAUAUGCCUUGAGAAAUCCACAGCUGCCUAUUUUCAGUCUGUCCUCGGGUUGCUCCCAUUGUGCAGGCGGCGCAUCGAUUGACCCCAAAUAGAAACCAGGCAGACUGUAACUGCAUUUAUUUGACUUUCACUGCUCAAAAUGAGCUUAAGGCUGAUUGUUGCUCUGCAUGUCAGUUACGUGAACACGCUUCAGAUCAUUACUGAGCAUUUCACACGAGCAGAAGUCUCAGUUUCAGUGAAGUUUGUUUCUUCCUGCCACACUCUUAGCACAUGGUGGAGGAUGUCUAUUUUGGUAUUCAAUCACAAGACGGCCAUCGUGGUGCCUCUCAUUUGAUUUGAGUGUUUUUCUCACAUCUGGCCUCACAUAUUUCAAAGGAGACGAGUUGUUCAAACACCUCUUUUUCCCACUUCUCCAAAAGAAGCACAGUGAAGCACAGUUUAGAUGCUGUAACUGCACGAUUUUAUGUCAGUGCAGCAUUUUCACUGCAGGUCACCAACACAACAACAGAUCGUUUAUUUCGCAAUAAAAGCAAUGCAAUACAGCCAUACCUUUGCAGCCUGUGACAGAUCGGCACGACGUGACUGGAGCGCCGCCUGCUGGUGCGGAGCCGGAGGUGCGGCCUGAGGGAGGCAGCAGCUGAUUUCUCAGGGCGAUGUGUUUUGGGCUUACAGUCAUUGUAAGUGCUUUUGUGUACGUGGGAGCACAGCGAUGCUAGGCUCAUGUUGAGCCUCACAGCCAUUCCAGCAACACACACAUUUUUAAAAACUGUCUUUGAUACCAGUGUACUGUCUGUGAACAACGAUGGUCCAACAACAUACCUGACAAUUACUGCUCAGCAGCAGCAAUAAAUGAAAUCCACGCUUUGUUUUUUGCAACAGUGCAUCCUGUACUUGUGUAUAAGCCCCAUGGUGACUUGAGAUCUGGAGUCUAAUAUAAUUUUAAUAUAUAAUAUGAGCCGAGGGAGUUGUUGUGUGUCAAGUUGGAUUAAGACCUAGUAACGAGAAGCUUCUCUGAAACUUCAAUACCCACGAGGCUCAGUGCAAUUAGACAGAUAAAAAGUGCAAUUACCCCUUUGUUGUUAUUCUGUUCUAUAGUUAUGUAAUGGUGUUUAAUGUCCAGGGUGUCCUCUGGGUAUAAAAUGAUUAUUUCUUCAUUUUGUGUUGUAUUUAUUUUGAAAAGAAAACAGAGUACAAUUUGUUCAUUUAAAAACCCCUUUCAUUAGUAAUUUUAUGCAACUUACACUUAUUUUGUUUCCCAGACAUGAAUACCAGGAAAUGACUUUCACACUUUGUUUAUUUGGAUAUCGGACUUGUACAAAGCUUGUUUGCUCGUCCUUAAUGUGAAUAUCUGCUCUUCCUUCUCGCUUUUUUUUUUUUUAAUUGCUUGAUGAGCUUUGUUUUAAAUGUGUGGAACAGCAUCAAAGUUAAACAUUUCAUGUUUUUCACCUAAAAAGCAACAUGGAAAACUUAGACGUAAAGUCUCCUUCAGAUGGAAGAUUAAAGAUGAUGCUUUUUCUUUUCAGUGUUCUAUUCAUAGGAGCUGGCUCCUUUCACGAAGUCUGAGACAGAAGUUUUGAUGUAGUUCUGAUGAAGAUUGAGGCCACUUUAGCAGCCACGUUCCUCUCUGAGAGCAGCCAUUUUUUCCUUUCUUUCUUUUGAAGCGUCUCCAUCACCGUGAACUGAUUCCUUACUGUAUAAUCCUUUUGAGCAGAACGUCGACUGAGAGAGAGAAGUGCUUUCUCAGCCUGACUGUUCCACUGUUUUAGGUUUAAUUCUCCACUUUUGUGUCUGUCUUUACCCUGUCGUUUCAGCUGUACCAUGUCUGGGAAUAGUGUAUCUUGCAUAAAGCUACAUUUGUUUACUACUGACUGGACUUGAACAUAUAUGACUGUUCCCCUGUCUUAUGAAAUCAUUCCACAAGUUUGUCUGUGAAUUUACUUUGGACUAGUAACUGUAAAGAAUUUGGUAAAAGUACUUAUGUUUUUAAAAGAAAUAUUGAUGUGUUUUCAGUUUAAUUUCCCAUUAUUGAACAACGUAUGUAGAAAUAAAAAGAACAACCAAAUAAAAAUUAAGUUAC